AAAUAAAUUAAUCCAAAGCCGGCCCUGUUCAUUAUCUGUCAAACAUCAAAUUGCUGUAAACAAACAUCUUAUACAACAAAAAUCUUGUGUAAUUAAUAAUUGUAACAAAUUACAAAAUGAAUUCAAUCGUUUUAAAGAAUUGCACCCUUUUGAGAAAUUCUCCAACCCUAAUUAGAAUUUCGUCGGCGUUAAAUCAGAGAGGCUACAACUCGUCCGGCAAUGUCGUCGACCCGCCGGACGAUUUCAUCCCCAUCCCCAGGUGCCAGGAGCGCGAGAACGAGCCCCUGACUCAAAAAAAGAAUAGGUUGCAGUAUCAGUCACGCAAAAGGGGCAUGCUCGAGAACGACCUGCUGUUGAGUACGUUUGCGGCCAAGUAUCUCAAAGACUUCACUUCUGAGGAGACCGCCGAAUAUGACAGGCUUAUUAAUGGACCUUCAAAUGAUUGGGAUUUGUACUAUUGGGCUACAGGAAUUAAGCCCAUUCCUGAAGAGUUUGACAGCAAGAUUAUGCAGUUAUUGGUCGAACACUGCAAAAACUUGAACAAGGAGUCAAGAAUCAGACAACCUGACUUGGUGGCCAUGUAAAACUUUUAAUUGUGAUAAUUUAUUAAUGGAAUUGUACCUGUUAAAACAACAACCUAGUAUAUGAUAUGUUAUAUAUGAUCAAUAAAUUGAAUGAUGGUUUAA